AUGCCCGCGGGAUACGUCGGGGACCUACGGAGUGGUGGCCUGUGCCCCCGGCGCGUCGACCCACACGCCGGUGAGAAGGACGUCCUGGGGCUUCCCUGGCGCGGCGGGGCGGGAUGGCCCCGGGCCGGUGUUGCGGAAGCCGGGCCAGCGCCGCGGCCGGAGCCUGGUCCCUGCGUCUGGGUGGAUGGGGCGUCGCGCGAGGGGAGUUGGGAGCGCGCGCUACUUGCACCACGCUGGCCGUUGGUCACAGACAGCGCCAGGGUCGGGGCGUGUGCUCAGGGGCUGGCUGGAGUGGCGGCCGCUGGCGACCUCCUGCAUCUACCCCAUUUUUGGUGGCCAGUACACCCCAUUAUUGGAUGCCAGGACGCCUCGGGACGAACGGAUCGGAAGCCGCGUGCAGUAGCCCGGUCGAAGGGCUGCCGCGCGUGGACACACCAAUACGGCUGCAUUGGUCUGCGUGCCACGUUCGAUAAGGUUAGCGCGCAGGCGCGUGGCAUCAGUCGUCUGAUGGUAGGACCCACCAACAACAGCGAAGCCUGUUUCGACUACGGCGGGGAUGGCAGCGACGGCAUGGGGACGGGAUAG